CUGUUCCUCACAUUCCAGUCUCAGCUCUCCGUUGUCAUGGAGACCGUCCUCAAGUCAGCCAUGUUGAUAACCAGGCUGGUGGAGGACAGCUUCCUCAAGGAAGUGGGUCAACGAAAACAGGAGGUGGAGGUCUUGAAACGAAGGUUGCAGUUGUCUGAGAGUAAACUGAGGGAGAGGGAGCGGGAAUGGGAACGGGGGAGGAAGACACGGUGCCUGGACUGUGCACGGACAGGAGAGUCCAGCAGCAGAGAUGAGAGCCAGCCAGUAGAGACAGUCCGGGGAGCAGACAGCCUUUGUUUAGGCCUAAGCCUGAGAGAUCAAUCUACCAAUCAACCUACACUAACUGAAGAUGUGUGGAGUGCCAGACAACGCCUGGAGACUAACAAACAAACUACAGCACACACACACUCUAUGGAGAAGAAUGAUGUACACAGACAGAAUGCAAAAGAGAUUGUCACACCUAACUCCAACGCACAGAUUCAUCAGGAUUUUCUACAGAGGAUUCUGGGCAAUUCAGUCAUUCACAGUGAGUCCACUAGUGACUUCAAACCCACAGUGAGCAAUUUAGACAAAUCCAACAAAAACUUUACUCUCGAUAAGGAAAUGGACUCAAACCCCUCAAGACUUUUACAAAGUCCUAAGGCUCAGGAUGCGCACAAGGACUUGCCGGCGUCUUCGCCAAACAGCAGAGUGAAAACCGAAACGGAGCUGGAUCUUCUACCUGUCAAGGAGGAGGAAGAGAUGGUUCCGGUGUGGGACAGCGUCAACAGAGAUGACGGAUGCCAUGCAGAAAUGGCUGAUCCGAGUCAGGGAGAGCUCAGAGGACCUUGUGAUCAGGAGGAGAUACAGAUGGGCCAAAGGUUUGCAGAGCACAUUUCCACGGAACAAGGAAAUUUACAGCCCAUAAACAAGCAGAGGACGUUCAGUGUUGUGGCCAGGGAGGUCCUGACCCAGUUUCAGGUGUGGCAGAGGGCCUGCUAUAGCAGGAACAUCGAGUGGGGUCCGAUUAUAGCGAAGAUAAUUUCUGCAUUGCCGCAGUUUUAUGGACGGGAGGCAGAGGUGAUCGUACGAUGCACUAAGAUGCUACACAACCGCAGGGAUUACCUUCGAAGGAGAGCAAAGACGCAUAUUACUGUCCUUAGAACUGGAGAAAGCCCCUGUAUCUCUAAGUGCACUCAGUGUUGUGACAAGUAUCACUGCCCUUUUUGUGAGACCUGGGUCUACAAGCCAAGAGAGUCAGGGAGUGUUGUUAACCACGUCCAGAAUCAUCUGAAGUUGGCUGUCCAUCAGGAUGAUUUCACAAUUGUCAAGUGUAACUUAAAAUGCAGGGAAUAUGCGCAUUUUCAUUGCUGCUACUGUCCUGCCACCGUUCUUCGAAGAGGCCAGUUAAAAACACAUCUCACAAAUUGCAAGCAGAAGUUCAAUGCUGAAGAAGAAUUUGAAGGAACCUACUCAUUUGAGGAUAGUCCUGAACAUGAGUAGUGUAUUUAUUUAUUUUUUAGUUCUGAUACUGUUGAUUCACUAGUUCAUACAUUUAGUUCCCUGUUAGCAACAGGUAACACUCAGAACUGUAGUAUUUGGUGGAUUAUGAAACUAUGUUGUGGAAAUAAACAUUUACUAAGAAUGCA